ACUCUCUCAAGCCGGUCAGGGCCAACGCGUCCCGGUCUAUAUCCAAAUCUCACGUUUUUUUCCACUCUUUUGCUUGCAGAAGCAGAACAAUAACUCAAGCAGCUGCAGCACAGAGUACUGCAAAAAGGAAAUAAAAAAAGAACUUCAAAAAGAGAAUAAAAUUGUCUGAGUCACUGUGAAUCUUUGGCAUUAACUGCAGCUUUUAUCUUUUAUACCCUUCUUCUCUUCCCUUUCAUGCAAAUAGCCCUCCUUCUUCUCUCUCCCCACACCCCAACAACACACAGCCAUGGCGGAUGAAGAUGAACCCACCAAAACAAACCCAACAAAAUGCACUCCAAAAGCAAGAAAUUUUUUCAGAGGGGCUCCAAAUGCAAAUACCUACAAAUACCAUCACCACCACCACCUGCUGCAAAAUCCUUAUGGGCUCGGCUGCAAUAAUCAAUACCAAAUCUUUCAGGGCCUGCUCCCUUUGCCUCCUGCUGUAUCUCCAUAUUUUUCUCCUAAUCAGAUGCUCCAAUCGAGAGCCCAUUUCAAAAUGGCCCCAAGAAGACGGGAUAAUUUCAUUUCUGCCCCUCCCUCUGAUUCCAAGUCUCGAGAGGUGGAAAAGAAAAUAUGCCUGCCAAGUGACAAGGAAAAUGCCACAAACAUUAUAGUUCCAAAACCAGAUUCAUCAUAUCCACUUGCUAAAAGACCAGAUUCCGGUGGGAUUGAAGGCAGGCCCAUCACCCUUCUUGCCAACCAUUUCUUAGUCAAAUUCGACCCGUCUCAAAAAAUCUUCCAAUACGAUGUCGAGAUAAACCCGAAUCCGUCAAAAGAGCUCGCAAGACUGAUAAAGCGCAAGCUAGUUGAAGAGAAUCCAGACAAGCUAUCAAAUGCGCGUCCGGUUUAUGACGGCCGAAGGACUAUUUACAGCCCCAUCGAGUUCCAAAACGAGAAGCUCGAGUUCCACGUCAGCCUCCCGGUCGAGAAAAUCUCAGAAUCCUUGGAAAAAAAAAGGCAUGACAAGAUUUUCCGUGUGAAUAUCAAGCUUGUGUCCAAGCUCGAGUUCAAGGGUUAUGAUUCUGAUUGUAAUCAUCACCUCCCUCAAGAGUAUAUCCAUGCAUUAGAUGUCGUUUUGCGUGAGAACCCCAAUGAGAAGUGCUUAUCCAACGGCCAAUCGUUUUACUCGAGUUUAAUGGGAGGAGCAAAGGAGAUUGGGGGAGGGGCUAUAGCACUUAGAGGGUUUUUCCAAAGCUUGAGGCCAACUCAACGAGGCCUCACUCUCAACGUGGAUUUCUCUGUCACAGCCUUUCACGAGAGUAUUGGGGUGAUACCUUAUUUGAAAAAGCGUCUCGAUUUCAUGCACGAUAUCGUUUCUCAAAACACUUCGAGGAUUUUGACCGGUGAAGAGAGAAAAGAAAUCGAGAAAGUUCUAAAGAACAUGAGAAUCUUUGUUAGCCAUCGAGAAACUUUACAGAGGUAUCGAGUCUACGGCCUGACGGAGGAGACUACGGAGAAUCUUUGGUUUACGGAUAAAGAUGGGACGAGCUUAAAACUCGUGAGCUAUUUUAAGGAUCAUUACGAAUACGACAUGCGGUACACGAAUUUGCCUUGUUUACAGGUCAGCAGGCGGAGGCCUUGCUAUCUUCCCUUGGAGCUUUGUGCGAUUUGCGAGGGGCAAAAGUUUCUCGGCAAGCUCUCGGACGACCAAACCGUGAAAUUACUCAAAAUGGGGUGUCAGAGGCCGAGAGAGCGCAAGAAAAUCAUCGAUAGUGUUAUGGAGGGACAAUUCGGGCCGACAAGUGGCCAUCAAGGAAGAGAUUUCAAGCUCGAUAUAUCAACUGAAAUGAUGAAACUAACCGGGAGGAUUCUCGAUCCCCCGAAGCUCAAGCUCGGAAACACCGGCCACGUAAGGAAUCUAACCCCUUACCGACACGACCGGCAAUGGAAUCUUCUCGAAAGCCACGUCCUCGAGGGCACCCACGUCGAGCGCUGGGCCGUCAUAAGCUUCGGCGGGAUCCGCGAACACAAAUUCACCGUGCCGAAAUUCGUAAACCGCCUCUCCCAAAGGUGCGAGCAGCUCGGCAUUUCCCUCCGCAAAAACACCGUCAUCCCUCCCGUCUUCGAGCCCAUGCACGUCCUCGGAAACCCGAAGCUUCUCGAAGCCAAACUGCGCCAAAUCCACCGAGCCGCCCUCGGAAAACUCCAACUCCUCGUGUGCGUGAUGGAGAGAAAGCACCGAGGGUACGCAGAUUUGAAGCGAAUAGCCGAGACCGGCGUCGGGUUCGUGAGCCAGUGCUGCUUGUAUUCAAACGUUUCGAAAAUGGGGUCUCAGUUUCUGUCAAACUUGGCCAUUAAGAUAAAUGCUAAAGUCGGGGGAUCGACCGUGGCCCUCCACGACCCGAUCCCUUCGGAAAUCCCGAGGAUCUUCGGUUUUCACGAGCCAUCGAUCUUCAUGGGGGCCGACGUGACCCACCCCCACCCCUCGGAUGAUUUUAGCCCUUCCGUGGCCGCCGUGGUCGGGAGCCUCAACUGGCCGGCCCCGAACCGUUACGUCUCGAGAAUGAGGUCCCAAACCCACCGGCGCGAGAUCAUAAAGGAUCUCGCCGCGAUGGUGAGGGAGAUUCUCGAAGAUUUCGCGCGAGAAGUCUCGAAACUUCCGGAAAGAAUCGUCUUCUUCCGGGACGGGGUCAGCGAGACCCAGUUCCGGAAGGUUCUAGAAGACGAGCUGAGUCAGAUCCGCGAGGCAUGUGCCGCGGUCCGCGGGGGUUACGGCCCGCGGAUCACGUUCGUGGUGGUGCAGAAGAGGCACCACACGAGAUUAUUCCCCGGGAAUGACGAAAACGUCCCUCCAGGGACGGUGGUGGACAGCGAGGUGGUGGGGCCCGCGGGGGGUUUCGAUUUCUAUCUGUGUAGCCAUUGGGGGGCGAGGGGGACGAGUAGGCCGGUGAGGUACUGUGUGCUGUGGGAUGAGAACGGGUUUACGUCGGACGAGGUGCAGAGGCUGGUUUACGGGCUGUGUUAUACGUUUGUAAGGUGUACGGGGCCGGUGUCGGUGGUGCCGCCGGUUUAUUAUGCGCACCUGGCGGCGUAUAGGGGGAGGCUGUAUGCGGAUAGGGCGGCGGAGGGCUCGGGGAGUUGCGGUGGUGGUGGUGGGGUGGUGUCGCGGGCGGGGGCGCCGGAGGUGGCGCCUUUGCCGAGGCUGAGUGAGAGUGUUAGGAAGCUCAUGUUUUAUUGUUGA